GUGAAUGGAGGAGGUGCCAGAGAAAUCGAGGUGGCAACGCUGCGGACCGCCUCCUCGACCGACAAAACUUUUGCUCACCCACCCCUUUCUUCUUCUUCUCUCGGCGGGUUUUUCAGUGCUGUCCCAUUGGCCGUUGAAGGAAGACGUCGGUUUCUUUCCCUCUCCACGUGUGUUGCGUGUUUUAAUCUCGUGUCCCGUGUGCUGCUCACGCUCUCCCGCCGUGCAUACAAACACCUGUCCGUUCUCGACGGACGAUCAUUGUCGCAAGUGACUCGUGUGUGAAUAUUUUCAUUACAAACUGUUUUUUUUUCCAACAUCGUUCAUUCGUCGCCAUUGUUUUACAUCGAGGGAUUAAGGAAUUGAAAUCUAUCGACGAUUAUCCGAGAUCAUCAUUAAUCCACAGCUGUAAAAGUGAUUUUCAUCCCAAGGAAUCGAAUUGUUGCUUCAGGUCAUGCUGUCCGGAUUCGUUUGAAUAGGGAAAUCAAAUUACGGCAACCCACACAGCGACUACCAGAAAAUUCAUUUCGGGCGUCCAUAACGGUCGGCGUUUGUAAACAUCCCGAAGAAAUCUACAAAUCCCGGAACGUCUGUUGACCUCGGGACUGCGGUCAAGACGCAGGGCAACACUUUGCCUUUUUUCUUCUUCUUCUCUCUCAACUAUUCCAACCCAAACACGGACGGGCUGGUCCAUCAACGAUGAUGUUGUGAUGGCCCGAGUGGAUCUAGCCACCGGGCUCUUCCUCUUGUUGGCCUGGUCGACGCUUCUAUUCACCGUCUCUGCCCAUCCGCCACAAAGUUCUUCCUCCUCCUCUUCUGCAGCCGGAACGUCAGCAUCUUUCAAACAAGGUCGGUCGGAGUUGGAUCCAUGGCACCGUCACGGGGAGCGAUUUGAUGACGAGGACUUGGAUCUGGUGCAAGAUGAUUGGUCGGUCGGAUUCGGGCGCCGGUUGUCGGUGAUCCAGCGGAGACAGGGGUCGGCGCAAGAACAAUUCAAGGCGCAACUGAGGCCCAAGGCGGAAGCAACCAGUACGACAACCACCGCCACUACUACGACGACGACCACAACAACAACAACAACAGCAGUUCCCAUCGUUAGCAAAGCGGAAACUCCCACCGGUAUCGUCCGGUUGAUUCGCAAACGCUUGCCGGAAAAUCGCUCACCAUCACCACUGUUGGCUCCUACUUCCGGCGCUCUCGGCAAAUUGGCCAACGCGACGGUUGUCAACGAAACGGUCCAGCCGACCAUCGGUGAGGUCACUGAAGAAUCUUUUGUUUCGGCCGAGACGGCCAUUGUGGAAACGCGGGAAAGUGUGGUCAAUAAAGUCGCCGCUGCCAACCUGACGGAAUCUCCACAACAAACGAUCACAUCCUCCACCACGACAACGACGACGACGAGUGCACCGACGUCCACCACCACUUUGGCCGCAGUCACAUCAUCGACGACGACGGCCACAACAACAACUACGGCGGCAGCGGCCACUACUUUAUCACCGUCCAACAAACCUCCUUGGAGGGUGCGGAUGGAGCUCAAUCAAAGUAACCGUCGCGGCCAAUCCACCACUGCCAAACCGACGCUGAUCGCCGUCGAGGCUGCCGCUGUUUCUUCGGCGCUUCCGGAGCAAUCCAUCAGCACGACAACUUCUUCUUCUCUGGCCGUUCAACAAGAAUUAUUGCAGGAAGUGAAGAAUCCAUCCAACGUGCCGGUUGUUAUCCCGUCCAGCACCAGCACGGCCCCGUUGUUGGAAUCCAGCCAGCUGAGUGAGAGCUUCCCGUCCUCGACAGUUGCCGUUGUUGUUGCGUCAACGACAAACGCACCCAAUAGCCGACCGAUCCAGUCCAGUCGAAUUUCAAUUACCAGCAGUCUGAGCCCUCCGCCGCCUUCCGUUCUAUGGACUCCAAUCGUUCGACUUCCUAUUACCGGAUCGAGAAAUAUUCCGGCUGGAACGCUCAAGAUUCAAAUCACAUCGACCAGACUCCCGCCAUCGCCUGCCACUUCGUCAACUCCCAACCCAAAGUUGCUGGAAUCGGUGGAUUCUUCCGAAUCCGAGUCUGAAGAAGAAGAAAAUGUCGUCAAAACGGCUUUAUCCAGCAGUACGACCUCCGGAAGAAUGUUUCCUUCUUCCACCACCACGAAGCCAACAACGACAACAACAACAACCGAAGCCCCAACUACUACCAGCAAAUCUUCGACAACUAGACGGGCUCCACCGACUCCCAUCAUGCACACGCUGGAAGAUAUUCUCCAGCGUCUAGUUCCGGCUAGAGAUCACGACAAUUUCGGUGGUAACCCUUUCCUUGUGCCGCCCGUCGCUUAUUAUCCGACAGGAUCCGUCGUGCCCCCGACGGCUGACGAUACAAACGAGAUCGUCUCUAUCGGGGCUCCAGUCUUGCGGGCCAGUACCGGAUCGACUGGGUCAUCCAAAACAUUCAACGACAAUCUUCAACAGGACCGGAAUCACAACGCCAGCGGUAGCGGUGGAAGUAACUGGAACGAUUCGAACAAGGAAAACCAGGCAGCCACCACAUCCAUCUACGUCGUUGGAGUCGUGGCCGUCAUUCCGUUGGCCGGUUUGGUUCUCUGGAUUGUCCGCGUACAGCUUCACAAACGACGAGAGAGAUUGAACGAAUCGGAGACAUCAUCCGAAACGGGUUUCCGCAAGAGAUUACCACCCGUUGCUUUGACGCCAUCCAAACACGCCCGUCUCUUCUACGGGGCCAACGAUAAAGAAGACUUGGUGUCCGGCGCUGUUUCUCUCGGUAAUAGCGGCGGAGGUGGAGGAGCGGGAGGAGGUAAAUCUUCUCCGUCUCCAUCGCCGUGGGAGUUCACACGAUCUCGACUGCGGUUGCAAACGCUCAUCGGCGAAGGUAACUUUGGCCAGGUGUGGAAGGCCGAGGCGGAGGACAUUUGCGGCUGCCAAGGCACUCUCCUCGUGGCCGUCAAGACGGUCAAGGAUGGAGCGGCUGCCAAGGAGAAGCAGGAGCUCUUGCGGGAGAUGAGGAUCAUGCAGCAGGUCGGCCCCCAUCCCAACGUCGUGGCUCUGCUCGGAUGCUGCACGGAGCAAGAACCGUUCCUGCUCAUCAUGGAGUACGUCAUGUACGGCCGGUUGCUGACGUUCCUGCGGGACCAUCGGACCCAUCAGACGUAUUACAAUUACUCAACGGACAGCGAGGCGUUGACGUCCAGGGAUUUGACCACUUUUGCCUACUGCGUAGCAAAAGGAAUGGAGUACAUUUACAGCAAGGGGGUGGUGCACAGAGAUUUGGCGGCUCGUAACGUCCUUGUCGAUCACAACAAAUUGUGCAAAGUGGCCGAUUUCGGUCUGUCACGCUCCGUUCGGGACUCGGCUGGCGAGAUGUAUGAGCAGAGGGUCAAGGGCGCACUGCCGAUCCGGUGGAUGGCACCUGAGUCGCUAAUCCAGAGCGUCUUCACGCAGAAAUCUGACAUCUGGAGUUUCGGCAUCCUGGUCUGGGAAAUAGUCACAUUAGGGUCUACGCCUUAUCCGGGGAUGGAAGCGAGGGAGGUGAUGCGUCGCGUCAAGGACGGCCACCGAUUGGAGCGGCCGAGCCACUGCCGGCCGGAAUUCUAUCGGCUGAUGUCACGAUGUUGGCACUCGGAUCCUCAGAGGCGACCCGAUUUUGGCGAACUCAAAUCCGAACUGGGACAACUUCUGGAUGACGCCGAUGGCUAUAUCGAUCUAGACAGUUUCCAAGAAUCCAUCUACGUGCCGCUACAGUCCCCUAGUGACGAAAGCGAAAAAAUCUGAGUCAAAAAAACAAUUUUUUUUCUCCUUUUUUUUUAAGUUUUGCUCAUCACAUCGCGUCAUCCACUUCCGCCUCAUUCUUUCUUUAUUAUUAUUAUUUUUUUUUUUUUAUUUUCGCCCAUCCAUCCAUCCCAUCCAUCCCAUUUUUGACUCGAUUUCCAUAUUGUGACGCAAUGCAUGCCCUGCAGUGUUUUCUUAUAUUUUUUACGGGAAAAGAAAAAUAUGAAUUGUGUUCGUGUCUAUUAACGAACCGCGCGAAACCCAAACUUGGCAGGCCGGUUGCCGCGCUUUUGUUGAAUAUUUAAACUGUCAUUACCAUAUUUUGUGUUUCUUUCUUUUUUAAUUAUUAUUCUUUAUUUUCCCUUCAGUUGUAUUCCGCAGUUUGUUUCGGGUCUCUAUUUUUUUCUCUCUUUUCAAUCGGAAUGGUGGGAGAGAAAAACAAAAGAAGGACGUUAUUGGAAUGGCUUUUUUUACAGAAAGGAAGUAGAACGUGAAAGAAUCAUCGCCGAUUGUUAUACAUACCGCGAAAGAAUGGCACAUACGAACCGUAAUAUGUAUGUUAAUAGGCUCAUUAAAAGCCAAAAUGGACCGGCCCAACUACUUCUUAACUUCCUCGUGUUUUUUGGCGCACGAAGCGGACGACGGCACAUACUGGGACAAACAAACCACAAGGUACAUAAUGGCACCCCCCCAGAAUAUUUUUUUUUUUUUUUUUUUUUCAAAUUACCUUUUCCCACCGUCAAAAAAGCAAAAGAAUUAUGAAACAAUCGCCGGUCUCUGUCAUAGCCCCAUGUCUUCCUUAUUCCGUCUUUCCCCGAAAUUGCCCCGACGUACUUCUUUUGUUUCUUUGUAGGCCUUAUUUUUUUAAUAUUACUGAAUAACUGUGUAAUGUUGUACAUAAUAUAAUACGUAUAUCUCGUUCAA